AUGCCGCGAGAGUCGAAGCGGUACCGCGUCUCGACGGAUACGAUCACGGUCCUCGGCACGUCCGACUCGCCGUGCAGCAAAGAGACCGACUUCGGCACGACCCUGAACGUGAGCGAUUCCGGACCCGCCGCCGCGACCCGAACGACCGAAUUUUCCGAUUCCCCGCAGUGCCUGGAGACGUGUCUUUACCGCCACGUCCUCGAGACGGCGAACGCGACGUGCUGGCCGUACUGGAUGCCGACGCUGGAGCGCGAAUACGCGAGACCGUGCGGCACCGAGGCGGAAUACAAGCGGAUCUGGCUCGCCUCCGGGAAGCUGCUGGAACUGGACAUCGACCCGGAAUACCUCGCGUACGCGCCGAAGUCGCUCUCCAACGGGAUGGAGGACUUCGUGAAGAAGAACUGCACCCACUGCCAGCGAGCGUGCAGGCGGAUCCAGUUCGUCUCGAGCGCUCGGACCAGCCCGAUCGACGUCGAGGACGGGGCCGUGCUCGGCAUCGUGCUCGGUCCGGUCUUCGAGUAUCACUUCGAGGCGUGGGGGUACGAGCUGCCGCAGCUCGUCUCGGACAUCGGUGGGUUCGAUGUCGUCGAGGGUGUCGGACGGGGGAUCAAGGGAUCGUUCUCUUCCAGGGGGGAUACUGUCUCUGAUGCUGAACGUCUCCCUGCUCACCCUCGUCCUGGUCGUGGAUCGCCU